AUGAAAGAUUCCGUGGAAUCAAGCAUCAUAAAAAUAUUGAAAGAAAAUGCAAUUACCGAUGAAAAUUUACUUGAUCUCACCCCAGAGCUCAUCAGAGAAAUGAUACCUCAAAUUGGAUUAAGACUCGAAUUCUUAAAGAAGUGGACAGCAGUAUUUAAAAAAGAGAAAACACGUACUGUAGAAUUAUUUUAUUAUUUUAGGUUGAGAAAUGAAGAUUUCUUAUACAUAGCAGAAGAAAUAGUAAAACUUUUUCCCACCGAAGCUACAACUACGUACUAUAUUCCACCAAUUCCGAAAAAAUUAUCGCGAGUUGGGAAAUCUGUAAUUUCACGUGGCAAAUUAGUAGACAAGUAUCGGAAUAAAAUACGCGCCUUGAAACUUAUUGAUGAGUGGAAGCCAUUAGGUGAUCGACAGGAUUAUAAAACUGAAAGUUCGGAUUCAUCCUCUGAUGAAGGUAGCCUAUACUGGCCCAUUCUCAAACAUCCAAAUGCAUACACAUUAAUCGAAGAGGAUUAUUCUUAUUUAAAAUUACCAACGCAAGAAUUAACAUUGGAAAGUUGGAGAACUUUUUUUAAGAAAAUUUUAGCUGUUCGGCCACCGAAGAAGGAUGAUGGCAACGCACAAGCUUUACUGGAGUUGAUUCAAUGCACAUUAAACGACAAUGCAAAAAUUGUUCAACAAUUGAAACUUCUCCCACAUCUACUUCCACCUAAAAGCCGAAUUCGCUUAAAAAAGAAUCAAUGGAAACCAUCGAUACCCGAAUUAUGGAUAAUAAGAUUACUAAUAUUACUAAGAAGAUUACCUCCAUACUAUAAUAUAAUUUUUUUGCAGUUAAUAGCAGACAUCACGAAAGUACAAGAAGAAAGGAGAAAAACAGCCGCAAGUUUAGGAAUUACAUUGCAGCCUUUCAUCAUCGCUGUCGGUCCAUCCAAUGCGGAUAUUUCUGAUAUUUUUAUAUCAGUUGAUGACACCUUGUACAAGGUACCGUCAACCAUACAAGCUAUAGAUUUAUGUUAUAAAAUCUUUCAAGUCUUUGAUAUUAAAUACCCGAUCGAAAGCACUCAUAUAUGGUUGCUAUUUCAAAGAGUUUUAUAUAGUUACGAAAAUUGUUUCGAUAAAAUGACUCCAAAUAUAACAGAAGCAAUAAGUGAUAUGAUGGCAUUUCAAGAUAAAGACACAUAGACGCCAACAAAUUCUUUCCAUUGUUUUAUUUCAUUUUUUAAUCAAAACAAGUUUGUGUUCAUUGCUUUAUUCCAAUUUUUAGUUUUUGAAGAGGAUAAUAUAAUAUAAAAGAACUUCCAUGUGAUUAAAAAUUUUAUUUUUUGUCAUUUCGUUACAAUUUUGAGUUUAUUGGGAAGAACUUAU